AUGCGUCUUAUAAAACAAACAACUUUUAUUAUGCUGUGAUAGAUAGUUCAAAGAUUAUGCUUUCAAAGCCAUUUUUAUAAUUAUUCAAAUAUUGAGGACGAUCUUCCAAUUUUAAUGGCACUUUAAUUUGAGAAAUAUAAAAAAAUUAAUAUGAAAUCUGCACUAAUCAUCAGAUUAAUCAGGACAAUGCUUAAACUUCUUUAUCUGUGCUACACAAUCGUUGUUGUAAUAUGAGCAUCUUUUGAGGAAGCAAUAAAUGAUGAUGGAGUUUUGGCUUUAAACUGUAUUGAAUUAUCAUUAUUGAUAAUAAUCAGCCUUCUAUUUUGUUAUCACAUUCAAUCGAAUUUCAAAGUAUUUUACAUUUAGUCAAUUACUUUUACCACUCCAAAGCUUCUAAAUAUCAUUGCUACAAUAGUUUGUCUGGUAAUUAGUAUAUGCCAAUUAGCGUCGUCUUUUUCAAAGUUUUAGAAAUUAGCUUUUCACAUAAAUAUUCAUAUGAUACGAAAAAAUAUUAAUUGAAAACUAUUUUAUUAAAUGCUUUAACAAAUUUUGAUGGUUAUAUAAUAAUUUAUUUUUAAAAAUAUUUAAGCCAAUUGUUAGGACCUAAUAUAAGGCACAGACAUGGAAUUAAAGGGAUUUUUUUCGUUUUUAAGCUAACUUUGACUGAUAUAGCUUUAUAUGAUAUGCUGGUUCCAAUAAGAAAUAAUCAAAGAUCGCCUAGCUCGAUAGAAGAUUCAAGUCCUCUAAAUUCAGAAAAAAUUGCGGAAAUAAUGAGUAAAGCAAUGAAAAUGGCAUCAAACACUAAUGAUAAAGAGCUGAUGAAUGAAAUAGACUUAUAUUUGAGAUCCACAUGUAGACAUUCUUAUGAAAUAAUUGAUCAAGAAGAAAAAAUAGAUGACAAAAAAGAUGAAGCUAUAAGCUUAAUUGGCUGAAAUUUCAGCUUGAAAUUAGAUGAGACAGCUCGCCCAAUAGAUCCUCAAGAUAUUAUUCCAGAGCCAUCUAUUCAUACUGGUAGCCAAGAUCUUGAGGAGCUUGAAAAAAUUGAAUUUGAUAUUUUUAAAUUUUCAGAAGAAAAUGGCCAAAACAGCCUUCAAAUUAUUAUGAAUCAUCUUUUUAAUAAAUUCGACUUUUUCAAUACUUUAAAUGGCUAAGCCUUUUUUUAUAAUUAAAUUAUCUUUUUAAAAAAAAAUAAUGGCAAAUAUUUCCCUAACAAAAUUAGUUUUUGUCCCUUUAAACAUUCCACAACAGCAAUUUAAAAAAUUGAUUUUAAGAAUACAGUCUGGAUAUAAAGCUGAAAAUCCUUAUCAUAACUCAACACACGCAGCAGACGUUGUGCAAGCUUUUCAUUAUAUGAUAAAUAGCUGUGGAGCCAAAGAAAUCUGCAACUUUUCACCUGCAGAAGUUGCUAUUUGCUAUAUAAGUGCUGCAAUUCAUGAUUAUCAGCAUCCAGGGUUAACAAACGCAUUUUUAGUUAAUACUCAGCAUAAGUUAGCAAUGCUGUACAAUGAUAAAGCAGUUUUAGAAAAUUUCCAUAUAUCUUCAGCUUUUAAUUUGACCAUGAAGCCAAGCAUGAAUAUUUUUAUAAAUAUGGAAGAAAAUUUACAAAAAUUAUUCAGAAAAAAAAUAAUUGAUUUAGUCCUUGCCACGGAUAUGAGCAAGCAUUUUGAGCAUUUAAAUAAUUUUCAAGGCUUAAUUGAUUCAGGAAAAGUAUUUUCUGAAGAAGGGAAAUAUGCUUCUAUGGAGCUUCUUAUGCAUUUUUGUGACCUAAGCAACGCAUUUCGACCUUUUGAAAUAAGCAAGAAAUGAACUGAAUUAAUUAACCAAGAAUUUUUCAUGCAGGGAGAUAAAGAAAAAGAACUGGGAAUUCCAAUAUCUCCUACAUGUAAUCGAGAUAAUGUCAUUGUGGAAAAGGCACAAUUGAAUUUUGUAACGUACUUAAUUGAGCCUUUUAUAAGUCCAAUGGAAACACUCCUCCCGAAAUUUAAAGAUCUUGUCGAAAUAUUAAACGAAAAUAAAGAAGAAUUAGAAAGAAUUCUAGCUGAAAGCAACGAAAAUCAGUCAGUUAAAUAG